GAUUUACUUUCGCUUUCAUGACGGCUGUGGCGCACAUUUCCUCUAUGUCAACAUCCGUCUGGAGAUGAAUGUAGAAAGUGUGAAAGUUGAUGUGAAUUCUUCAGAAUGGAUCAGUGUGAGGACAGAGAGGAGGGAGUCCCUCCCUCUACAAAAAUACGUCUUAGUGGAGACUAUGAAGACCAGACCAGAGCUCAGAGAACAAAGCAGCCGCACAGACCAGACUCUGCUGAACCUGAUCCUGUACCUGAACCCAGCUGUGUGUCUCUGAAAAGUGAUCGCUCAAAGGAUGUUGGUGUUACUUUUAACAGACAACAGAUCCCUGCCACAAAGAAAGUCUACCGGGAGAGUUCAGAGGUUCCCAGUGGUCAGUCUGUCCACCAGCGUCAAACACAGCUGGACUGCAUAUUUACGCUGCUGGAGGACAACAUUGUCACUUUUGUGAAGAACGAACUGAAGAAGAUUCACAGAGGCCUGAGUCCAGAUUACCCAGAAUGCUUAGAGAGUCAGAUGGAGGAUGAGGAGGUGUUGGACGGAGAGGAUGAAGAGCAGAGGAUCAGCAGAGAAGCAUUUCUGAAGAUCACAAUGAACUUCCUGAGGAGAAUGAAGCAGGAGGAGCUGGCUGACUGUCUGCAGCGGAAUCUUAUUGCUCCAGUUUGUCAACAUAAAAUCAAAUCUGCUCUGAAGAAGAAGUUCCAGUGUGUGUUUGAGGGGAUUGCUAAAGCAGGAAAACCAGCUUUACUGAACCAGACCUACACAGAGCUGUACAUCACAGAGGGAGGAACUGCAGAGGUCAAUGAUGAACAUGAGGUCAGACAGAUUGAAACAGCAUCUAGGAAACCAGACAGACCAGAAACAACCAUCAGACCAGAAGACAUCUUUAAAGGCCCACCUGGAAGAGAUAAACCAAUCAGAACAGUGAUGACUAUGGGAGUGGCUGGCAUUGGGAAAACAGUCUUAACACAGAAGUUCACUCUGGACUGGGCUGAAGACAAAGCCAACCAGGACAUCCACUUCACAUUUCCAUUCACUUUCAGAGAGCUGAAUGUGGUGAAAGAGAAGAAGUUCAGUUUGGUGGAACUUAUUCAUCACUUCUUCACUGAAACCAAAGAAGCAGGAAUCUGCAGAUUUGAAGAGUUCCAGGUUGUGUUCAUCUUUGAUGGUCUGGAUGAGAGUCGACUUCCUCUGGACUUCCACAACAAUGAGAUCCUGACUGAUGUUACAGAGUCCACCUCAGUGGAUGUGCUGCUGACAAACCUCAUCAGGGGGAAACUGCUUCCCUCUGCUCGCCUCUGGAUAACCACACGACCUGCAGCAGCCAAUCAGUUCCCUCCUGAGUGUGUUGACAUGGUGACAGAGGUCAGAGGGUUCACUGACCCCCAGAAGGAGGAGUACUUCAGGAAGAGAUUCAGAGAUGAGGAGCAGGCCAGUAGGAUCAUCUCCCACAUCAAGACAUCACAAAGCCUCCACAUCAUGUGUCACAUCCCAGUCUUCUGCUGGAUCUCUGCUACAGUUCUGGAGGAUGUGUUGAAAUCCAAAGAGGGAGAAGAUCUCCCCAAGACCCUGACUGAGAUGUACAUCCACUUCCUGGUGGUUCAGACCAAAGUGAAGAAGGUCAAGUAUAAUGGAGGAUCUGAGACAGAUCCACACUGGAGUCCAGAGACCAGGAAGAUGAUUGAGUCUCUGGGAAAACUGGCUUUUGAUCAACUGCUGAAAGGAAACCUGAUCUUCUAUGAAUCAGACCUGACACAGUGUGGCAUCAACAUCAAAGCAGCCUCAGUGUACUCAGGAGUGUUGACACAGAUCUUUAUAGAGGAGAGAGGACUGUACCAGGACAAGGUGUUCUGCUUCGUCCAUCUGAGUGUUCAGGAGUUUCUAGCUGCAGUCUACUUGAUCCACUGUUACACCAACAGGAAGACAGAGGUGCUGGAGGACUUCCUGGGACAAAACUACAAUGACUCAACUCUGGAUGACUUUCUGAAAAGAGUCAUGGUGAAAUCUGUGGAGAGUAGCAAUGGUCACCUGGAUCUGUUGGUUCGCUUCCUUCAUGGCCUCUCUCUGCAGUCCAACCAGAGACCAUUAAGAGGACUACUGGGUCAGAGAGAGACCAGUCCAGAAAUUAUCCAGAGAGCCAUUGACAACCUGAAGACAAUGGAAAUGUAUAACUUUUCUCCUGACAGAAGCGUCAACAUCUUCCACUGUCUGAUUGAGAUGAAUGACCUCUCAGUUCAUCAGGACAUCCAAGAGUUCCUCAAAUCAGACAACAGAUCAGAGAAACUCUCUGAAAUCCACUGCUCAGCUCUGGCAUACAUGUUGGAGAUAUCAGAGGAGGUUCUGGAUGAGCUGGACAUGAAAAAUUACAACACAACAUGGGAGGGAUGACUGAGACUGAUUCCAGCUGUGAGAAACUGCAGAAAAGCUGUACUUUCUGGCUGUGGACUCUCAGAGAGUCACUGUGAAGUUGUGGCCUCAGCUCUGAAGUCCAACCCCUCCCAUCUGAAAUAUUUGGACAUGAGCUUCAACAACCUGCAGGAUUCAGGAGUGAAGUAUCUGUCUGAUGGACUGAAGAGUCCAAACUGUAGACUGGAGACUCUGAGGUUGUAUCGUUGCAGUUUGUCAGAGAUCAGCUGUGAUUCUCUGGUCUCAGCUCUGAAGUCCAACCCCUCCAAUCUCAGAGAGCUGGACCUGGGCUUCAACAAGAUGCAGGAUUCAGGAGCGAAGCAUCUGUGUGGUUUUCUGGAGAGUCCACUCUGUAGACUGGAGACUCUGAAAUUAAGUUGGUGCAGUUUGUCAGAGAUCAGCUGUAAUUAUCUGGUCUCAGCUCUGAAGUCCAACCCCUCCCAUCUGAGACAUCUGGACUUGAGCAACAACCAGUUGAAGGAUUCAGGAGUGAAGCACCUGUGGGAUUUUAUGAAGAGUCCACUCUGUAGACUGGAGAUUCUGGGGUUGUAUCACUGCAGUUUGUCAGCGAUCAGCUGUGAUGCUUUGGGAUCAGCUGUGAAGUCCAACCCCUCCCAUCUGAGACAUCUGGACAUGAGAGGAAACAACCUGAAGGAUUCAGGAGUGAAGUAUCUGUGUGGUUUUCUGAAGAAUCCACUUUGUAGACUGGAGACUCUGAGAUUGAGUUACUGCAGUUUGUCAGAGAUCAGCUGUGAUUCUCUGAUCUCAGCUCUGAAGUCCAACCCCUCUCAUCUGAGAGAGUUGGAGCUGAGUGGAAACAAGCUGCCGGAUCCAGGAGUGAAGCAGCUUUGUGACUUUCUGGAGAGUCCAGAAUGUAAACUGGAGACUCUGAGACUUUCUGGCUGUGGAUUCUCAGAGAGUCACUGUGAAGUCGUGGCCUCAGCUCUCAAGUCUAAACCCUCCCAUCUGAGAGAUCUGGACAUGAGCUUCAACAACCUGCAGGAUUCAGGAGUGAAGCAUCUGUCCAAUGGGCUGGAGAGUCCACACUGCAGACUGGAGACUCUGAGGAGUGAGAUGGAAGCUUUCAAGGUAGAAACCAGUGUCAAACAAGGAUGCAUUAUUGCUCCCACCAUGUUUGCAAUCUUCGUUGCUGCCAUCCUCCACCUAAUCAGUCACAGUCUCUCCCCCGGAGUCCAGAUCAUCUACAGAACAGAUGAUGAGCUCUUCAACCUAAACCGUUUCAAGUGUGGAUUCAUCAUCAUGGAUCAGCGUGAGGACAGAGAGGAGGGAGUCGCUCCCUCUAAAAAAAUACAUCUGAGUGGAGACCAUGAGGACCAAACCAGAGCUCAGAGAACAAAGCAGCCGCACGGACCAGACUCUGCUGAACCUGAUCCUGAUCCUCAACCUGAAUCUGAACCUGAACCUGAGCCUGAGCUCAGCUGUGUAUCUAUGAAGAGUGAUCAUUCAAAGCCUGACAUCAUUAACUUUGAAAUGCAACAACCGUCUGCUGUAGAGAAAGUCCACCAGGAGAGUUCAGAGUUUCCCAGUGGUCAGUCUGUCCUGCAGCAUGAAAAACAUCUGGACUCCAUAUUUAUGCUGCUGGAGGACAACAUCAUCACUUUUGUGAAGAACGAGCUGAAGAAGAUUCACAGAGGUCUGAGUCCAGAUUACCCAGAAUGCUUAGAGGGUCAGAGGGAGGAUGAGGAGGUGUUGGAGUGUGAGGAUGAAGAGCAGAGGAGAAGGAGCAGAGAAGCAUUUCUGAAGAUCACACUGAACUUCCUGAGGAGAAUGAAGCAGGAGGAGCUGGUUGAUCGUCUGGAAAGAAAUCUUAUUGCUCCAGCUUGUCAACCUAAAAUUAAAUCUGCUCUGAAGGAAAAGUUCCAGUGUGUGUUUGAGGGGAUUGCUGAAGCAGGAAAACCAGUUUUGCUGAACCAGACCUACACAGAGCUGUACAUCACAGAGGGAGGAACUGCAGCGGUCAAUGAUGAACAUGAGGUCAGAAAGAUUGAAACGGCAUCCAGGAAACCAGACAGACCAGAAACAACCAUCAGACCAGAAGACAUCUUUAAAGGCCCACCUGGAAGAAAUGAACCAAUCAGAACAGUGAUGACUAUGGGAGUGGCUGGCAUUGGGAAAACAGUCUUAACACAGAAGUUCACUCUGGACUGGGCUGAAGGCAAAGCCAACCAGGACAUCCACUUCACAUUUCCAUUCACUUUCAGAGAGCUGAAUGUGGUGAAAGAGAAGAAGUUCAGUUUGGUGGAACUUGUUCAUCACUUCUUCACUGAAACCAAAGAAGCAGGAAUCUGUGGCUUUGAAGAGUUCCAGGUUGUGUUCAUCUUUGAUGGUCUGGAUGAGAGUCGACUUCCUCUGGACUUCUACAACAAUGAGAUCCUGACUGAUGUUACAGAGUCCACCUCAGUGGAUGUGCUGCUGACAAACCUCAUCAGGGGGAAACUUCUUCCCUCUGCUCGCCUCUGGAUAACCACACGACCUGCAGCUGCCAAUCAGCUCCCUCCUGAGUGUGUUGAUAUGGUGACAGAGGUCAGAGGGUUCAGUGAUCCCCAGAAGGAGGAGUACUUCUGGAAGAGGUUCAGAGAUGAGGAGCAGGCCAGCAGGAUCAUCUCCCACAUCAAGACAUCACAAAGCCUCCACAUCAUGUGUCACAUCCCAGUCUUCUGCUGGAUCUCUGCUGCAGUUCUGGAGGAUGUGUUGAAAUCCAAAGAGGGAGAAGAUCUCCCCAAGACCCUGACUGAGAUGUACAUCCACUUCCUGGUGGUUCAGACCAAAGUGAAGAACAUCAAGUAUGACGGAGGAUCUGGGACAGAUCCACACUGGAGUCCAGAGACCAGGAAGAUGAUUGAGUCUCUGGGAAAACUGGCUUUUGAUCAACUAAUGAAAGGAAACCUGAUCUUCUAUGAAUCAGACCUGACAGAGUGUGGCAUCGAUAUCAGAGCAGCCUCAGUGUACUCAGGAGUGUUGACACAGAUCUUUGUGGAGCAGAAAGGACUGUACCAGGACAAGGUGUUCUGCUUCGUCCAUCUGAGUGUUCAGGAGUUUCUAGCUGCAGUCUACAUGAUCCACUGUUACACCAACAGGAAGACAGAGGUACUGAAGGACUUCCUGGGACAAAACUACAAUGACUCAACUCUGGAUGUCUUUCUGAACAGAGUCAUGGAGAAAUCUCUGGAGAGUAGUAAUGGUCACCUGGAUCUGAUAGUUCGCUUCCUUCAUGGCCUCUCUCUAGAGUCCAACCAGAGACUGUUAAGAGGACUACUGGGUCAGACAAAGACCAGUCCAGAAAUGAUCCAGAGGGCCAUUGACAACCUGAAGACAAUGGAAAUGUAUAACAUAUCUCCUGACAGAAGCAUCAACAUCUUCCACUGUCUGAUUGAGAUGAACGACCUCUCAGUUCAUCAGGACAUCCAAGGGUUCAUGAAGUCAGACAACAGAUCAGAGAAGAAACUCUCUGAAAUCCACUGCUCAGCUCUGGCCUACAUGUUGGAGAUUUCAGAGGAGGUUCUGGAUAAGCUAGAUCUGAAAAAUUACAACACAUCAUGGGAGGGACGACUGAGGCUGAUUCCAGCUGUGAAGAAUUGCAGAAAAGCUGUACUUUCUGGCUGUGGACUCUCAGAGAGUCACUGUGAAGUUGUGGCCUCAGCUCUCAAGUCCAACUCCUCCCAUCUGAAAUAUUUGGACAUGAGCUUCAACAACCUGCAGGAUUCAGGAGUGAAUCUAAAGGAUAAAGUCACUCUACUCAUUUUGGAGAAGAGGUUAGCAUGUUUAAAACUUCUAAACUCUUUGUUCAGGUUAUAUCGUUGCAGUUUGUCAGAGAUCAGCUGUGAUUCUCUGGUCUCAGCUCUGAAGUCCAACCCCUCCAAUCUCAGAGAGCUGGACCUGGGCUUCAACAAGAUGCAGGAUUCAGGAGUGAAGCAUCUGUGUGGUUUUCUGGAGAGUCCACUCUGUAGACUGGAGACUCUGAAAUUAAGUUGGUGCAGUUUGUCAGAGAUCAGCUGUGAUUAUCUGGUCUCAGCUCUGAAGUCCAACCCCUCCCAUCUGAGACAUCUGGACUUGAGCAACAACCAGUUGAAGGAUUCAGGAGUGAAGCACCUGUGGGAUUUUAUGAAGAGUCCACUCUGUAGACUGGAGAUUCUGGGGUUGUAUCGCUGCAGUUUGUCAGCGAUCAGCUGUGAUGCUUUGGGAUCAGCUGUGAAGUCCAACCCCUCCCAUCUGAGACAUCUGGACAUGAGAGGAAACAACCUGAAGGAUUCAGGCGUGAAGUAUCUGUGUGGUUUUCUGAAGAAUCCACUUUGUAGACUGGAGACUCUGAGAUUGAGUUACUGCAGUUUGUCAGAGAUCAGCUGUGAUUCUCUGAUCUCAGCUCUGAAGUCCAACCCCUCUCAUCUGAGAGAGUUGGAGCUGAGUGGAAACAAGCUGCCGGAUUCAGGAGUGAAGCAGCUUCGUGACUUUCAGGAGAGUCCAGAAUGUAAACUGGAGACUCUGAGGUGUGAGUAUGAAGAUAGAAAGUGUGUGAGUUGGUGUGGAUUCAUCAUCAUGGAUCAGCGUGAGGACAGAGAGGAGGGAGCCCCUCCCUCUAAAAAAAUACAUCUGAGUGGAGACCAUGAGGACCAAACCAGAGCUCAGAGAACAAAGCAGCCGCACAGACCAGACUCUGCUGAACCUGAACCCGAACCUGAACCUGAACCUGAACCUGAUCCUGAUCCUGAACCUGAACCUGGACCCAGCUGUGUGUCUAUGAAGAGUGAUCAGUCAAAGCCUAACUAUAUUAAUUUUAAAGGACAGAAACAAUCUGCUGUAAAGAAAGUCCACCAGAAGAGUUCAGAGUUUCCCAGUGGUCAGUCUGUCCUGCAGCAUGAAAAACAUCUGGACUCCGUAUUUAUGCUGCUGGAGGACAACAUUGUCACUUUUGUGAAGAACGAGCUGAAGAAGAUUCACAGAGGCCUGAGUCCAGAUUACCCAGAAUGCUUAGAGGAUCAGUGGGAGGAUGAGGAGGUGUUGGAGUGUGAGGAUGAAGAGCAGAGGAUCAGCAGAGAAGCAUUUAUGAAGAUCACAGUGAACUUCCUGAGGAGAAUGAAGCAGGAGGAGCUGGCUGACUGUAUGAAGAGAAAUCUUAUUGCUCCAGUUUGUCAACAUAAAAUCAAAUCUGCUCUGAAGGAGAAGUUCCAGUGUGUGUUUGAGGGGAUUGCUAAAGCAGGAAAACCAGCUUUACUGAACCAGACCUACACAGAACUGUACAUCACAGAGGGAGGAACUGCAGAGGUCAAUGAUGAACAUGAGGUCAGACAGAUUGAAACAGCAUCCAGGAAACCACACAGACCAGAAACAACCAUCAGACCAGAAGACAUCUUUAAAGGCCCACCUGGAAGAGAUAAACCAAUCAGAACAGUGAUGACUAUGGGAGUGGCUGGCAUUGGGAAAACAGUCUUAACACAGAAGUUCACUCUGGACUGGGCUGAAGGCAAAGCCAACCAGGACAUUCAGUUUACAUUUCCAUUCACUUUCAGAGAGCUGAAUGUGGUGAAAGAGAAGAAGUUCAGUUUGGUGGAACUUGUUCAUCAUUUCUUCACUGAAACCAAAGAAGCAGGAAUCUGCAGCUUUGAAGAGUUCCAGGUUGUGUUCAUCUUUGAUGGUCUGGAUGAGAGUCGACUUCCUCUGGACUUCUACAACAAUGAGAUCCUGACUGAUGUUACAGAGUCCACCUCAGUGGAUGUGCUGCUGACAAACCUCAUCUGCGGGAAACUGCUUCCCUCUGCUCGCCUCUGGAUAACCACACGACCUGCAGCAGCCAAUCAGCUCCCCCCUGAGUGUGUUGACAUGGUGACAGAGGUCAGAGGGUUCACUGACCCCCAGAAGGAGGAGUACUUCAGGAAGAGAUUCAGAGAUGAGGAGGAGGCCAGCAGGAUCAUCUCCCACAUCAAGACAUCACGGAGCCUCCACAUCAUGUGUCACAUCCCAGUCUUCUGCUGGAUCUCUGCUACAGUUCUGGAGGAUGUGUUGAAAACCAAAGAGGGAGAAGAUCUCCCCAAGACCUUGACUGAGAUGUACAUCCACUUCCUGGUGGUUCAGACCAAAGUGAAGAAGGUCAAAUAUGAUGGAGGAUCUGGGACAGAUCCACACUGGAGUCCAGAGACCAGGAAGAUGAUUGAGUCUCUGGGAAAACUGGCUUUUGAUCAACUGCUGAAAGGAAACCUGAUCUUCUAUGAAUCAGACCUGACAAAGUAUGGCAUCAAUAUCAGAGCAGCCUCAGUGUACUCGGAAGUGUUGACACAGAUCUUUGUAGAGGAGAGAGGGCUGUACCAGGACAAGGUGUUCUGCUUCGUCCAUCUGAGUGUUCAGGAGUUUCUGGCUGCAGUCUACAUGAUCCACUGUUACACCAACAGGAAGACAGAGGUGCUGAAGGACUUCCUGGGACAAAACUACAAUGACUCAACUCUGGAUGUCUUUCUGAACAGAGUCAUGGAGAAAUCUCUGGAGAGUAGCAAUGGUCACCUGGAUCUGUUGGUUCGCUUCCUUCAUGGCCUCUCUCUAGAGUCCAACCAAAGACUGUUAAGAGGACUCCUGGGUCAGAGAGAGACCAGUCCAGAAAUGAUCCAGAGAGCCAUUGACAACCUGAAGGAGAUGAACAUGUACAACAUUUCACCUGAAAGAAGCACUAAUGUCGUCCACUGUCUGAUUGAGAUGAACGACGCCUCAUUACGUCAGGACAUCCAAGACUUCUUGAAGUCAGAGAACAGAUCAGAGAAGAAACUCUCUGAAAUCCACUGCUCAGCUCUGGCCUACAUGCUGCAGAUGUCAGAGGAGGUUCUGGAUGAGCUGGACCUGGAAAAGUACAAGACAUCACUGGAGGGACGACUAAGACUGAUCCCAGCUGUGAGGAACUGCCGAAAGGCUGUACUUUCUGGCUGUGGACUCUCAGAGAGUCACUGUGAAGUUGUGGCCUCAGCUCUGAAGUCCAACCCCUCCCAUCUGAAAUAUCUGGACAUGAGCUCCAAUAACCUGAAGGAUUCAGGAGUGAAGCAUCUGUCUGAUGGACUGGAGAGUCCAAACUGUAGACUGGAGACUCUGAGGUUGUAUCGCUGCAGUUUGUCAGAGAUCAGCUGUGAUUCUUUUGCAUCAGCUCUGAAGGCCAAUUCCCACUGCUCUCUGAAGGAGCUGGACCUGAGUCAGAACAAGCUGAAGGAUUCAGGAGUGAUGCAUCUGUGUGGUUUUCUGAAGGGUCCCCUCUGUAGACUGGAGAUUCUGAGGUUGAGUUUGUGCAGUUUGUCAGAGAUCAGCUCUCUGGUGUCAGCUUUGAAGUCCAACCCCUCCCACCUGAGAGAGCUGGACCUGGGUAAAAACAAUCUGCAGGAUUCAGGAGUGAAGCAUCUGUGUGGUUUUCUUAAGACUCCACGGUGUCGACUGGAGACCCUGAGAUUGAAUUCCUGCAGUUUGUCAGACAUCAGCUGUGAUUCUCUGGUCUCAGCUGUGAAUCCCACUUAUCUGAGACAUCUGGACCUGAGUGGAAAUGAGCUGAAGGAUUCAGGAGUGAAGCAUCUGUGUGGUUUUCUGGAGAAUCCACUCUGCAGACUGGAGAUACUGAGAUUGAGUUACUGCAGAUUGUCAAAGAUCAGCUGUGAUUCUCUGGUCUCAGCUCUGAAGUCCAACCCCUCUCAUCUGAUACAUCUGAAACUGAGUGGAAACGACCUGCAGCAUUCAGGAGUGAGGCAGCUUUGUGAAAUUAAGGAGAGUCCACAUUAUAGACUGGAGACUCUGAGAUGGGAGUACUGAUCUUUGUGAAGGUGAUGGUGAACAGGGUGGAGUUUGUGCUGAGAGUAUGAGAUCUGGAUGAUCAUCAUUUACACCAUCAACAGAACUGCACUAUUCAACCCAGUAGCGAAAAACAAUUUGAGACAAGUGCUUCAUGGAUCAUUCAGAGUCAUUAAUAAUGAACAAACCAUAUAGCUAUGUUGUCUGUUUGUGCAGUAGAUACAAGUACCAUUUUUAAACUUUUGUUUUGACCACAUGCUUCUUUCAUUUGAGCAGGUGCUGGAUGUUAACUGUUACUGCUCAAGGUCUCAGUGAAGCUGGCCUUAACCUAGCAUUGAUCUUGUAUUUCUGUAACUGAUUCUUAAAAGGAAACACUGGAAUCAAUAUUCAGUUGUGCAACACUACCACUGUGAACACAAUUACUAGAGAAUGCUGCCAAACAAAAUUAUGUUGUUGUGAGCAAUGACAAUUGACAUUCUUAAUCUUAGUUUUAAGCACCGUGUUUUAUUUUUUGUUUUAGCCUUGCAUGUUUAUAUCCUGUUAGGGAAAAAAUGGUGUCUGUCACCUUUAUCCUUUUUUUUUUAUUAUUUCGGUGGUUAACAUGUACUAAUUUUAAUGCAUAUAUUUAUCACGUAAUAGUCUAUUUUAUACUGUGUAACCGGAAUCACUAAUCAUUUUUGAAAAUCUGACGCUACAAAAAAUAAAAAUAAAAUCUGUGUGUGUUUAAGAAUC